AUGUCCGGAUACUGUUUUUGUCGCCUUACACGUUAUUCUCGUCGGAACAGCAUGGACGAGAUGUAUAACGAGACUGAAGACAAAGGAAAAUCGCCUUCGAGUAUCUGUGUAGAAUGUGCGCAAGAAUUAUCUAUCUAUCUAUCUAUCUAUCUAUCUAUCUAUCUAUCUAUCUAUCUCAGUCUAUCUAUCUAUCUAUCUAUCUAUCUAUCUAUCUAUCUAUCUAUCUAUCUCAGUCUGUUUUAUCUAUCUAUCUGUCUAUCUAUCUAUCUGUUUUAUCUAUCUUUUAUCUAUCUAUCUCUAUCUAUCUCACUCUCUAUCUAUGUGUUCCUUAAUUUUAUCUAUCUAUCUAUCUAUCUAUCUAUCUAUCUAUCUAUCUAUCUAUCUAUCUAUCUAACCUUACCUAUGUUAUCUAUCUAUCUAUCUUACCUUAUCUAUUUCUCUCAAUCUAUGGGUCUAUUAAUUUUAUCUAUCUAUCUAUCUAUCUAUCUAUCUAUCUAUCUAUCUAUCUUACCUUAUUUAUCUCUCUGUAUUUAUGGGUCUAUUAAUUUUAUCUAUCUAUCUAUCUAUCUAUCUAUCUAUCUAUCUAUCUAUCUAUCUAUCUAUCUAUCUGUUGGGCGAACCCCACAAUACUAUCUAUCUAUACUUACCUAUGUUAUCUCUCUAUCUACCUUAUCUAUCUAUCUAUCUAUCUAUCUAUCUAUCUAUCUAUCUAUCUAUCUGUCUGUAUGUCUGUGUUAUCUACAUAUCUUUCCUAUCUAUCUUAUCUGA